GCGACGUAUUUCUCAACCCGGUGUGUAAGCAGACCGGGGCGAUUCAAACAGGGCUAACCGGCUUUGUUCAUAGCUCGCACGGAGAGUAAUUUACUUCAACAAUUCCCUUCAGACGUUUGACAUCCUCACCGUAUUACAAUGUCUGGGAAAAUAAAGAACCGAAGUGCCGCCAACGCAGAGGCGCUAACCGGCGGUGUGUCCUGCGAUGAGCGCAUCUUGCGGGACUGUCAUCAACUCUACACGGAUCCAAACAGUGGGUUGAUCUCUGUUGCCGAAACUGUUGGUGUAAAGCUGCUGGCGCCCAGGAAAAAGAUCACUGUGAUGCUGAUGGGCAACCACUCUGCUGGGAAAAGCUCCUUCAUCAACUGGUAUGUUGAAGAGCACAUCCAACGCACAGGAGUGGCUAUUGAGACUCAAGGCUUCAGCUUUGUUACAAGUGGCCGCAAGAGAGAGUCUCUCACAGGAAACGCCACCCUUCAUCUGUAUCCACACUUCAAACCUCUGCAAGAGUUCAAAGGUGUUUCCGAGUACUUGAGCACAGAGAUCUGCACGUCGCGACAGAAACGUUUCAGCCUGGUGACGUUUGUGGAUUCACCGGGGCUUGUGGACGGUGAUAUGAAGUAUCCCUUUGACGUGGACGAGGUUAUCAUGUGGCUGGGUGACGUCUGUGACCUGAUCCUGGUCUUCUUUGACCCCAUGGGUCAGGCUCUGUGCAAGCGCAGCCUCAACAUCGUGGAGAAACUGAAUGAGAAACACGGAGACCGACUGCACUUCUACCUGAGCAAGGCCGACGAGGCUGGGGGGGAAUCGGACAGACAGAGAGUAAUGAUGCAGAUUGUCCAGGAGCUCUGCAAGCGGCCGGGACUCAACAAGUGCGGUUUUGACAUGCCCACCAUCUACAUUCCUAAUCCGCAUAAGCCGAGUCGCUGUGUGAACCAGAUUGAGGAGGUUUGUCGCACCGUCGAGAAAACCAUCAACCAAACGGUCCAGAACACUCUGAACUCCCUGGAGAAGGACUGCGAGGUGAUCAGCGAGGCCAUCGCUGACACGCUCAGCAACGACAGGCAGGUCAGUGUCAGUAACCGGCGUGCACGCUGUAAGAGCUGCUUCCUCACGCUGCUGGGCUUCAGCGUGCCUCUGGGUCUGAUGGCGCUGCUGGUGCUGGGUGUCCUCUCUAAGGAGCUGCUGGAGCUGGCUCUGGGCCCCGAGGGCACCGAGACACUCUCUCUCUACCUGGCUCCCGUUGUGAAACUGUUCGACUCGCUGUCUGUGGAGCAGCAGCUGUACGGCGUUGGCGGGAUGGUGUUUCUCUCCUUCCUCCUGCUCAUCUUCGCACGCUACUUCUUCAGGACUCAACCAACUAUGAGCGGCAAACAGAAGAGGCAGCUGCAGGAGAAGCUGGAGUACGUUCAGGAGGUGGUCAAGGCCAAAAAGAAAAAGCUGUAUGAAGAAUACCUUCGCCAGAGUGUCAGCGAUCAGGACAUGGACUUGUAAAGGAAAAUGAUUUCAGCAUCCCCCCCCACACUGACGUUGGACCAAAUGAAAUUAAACCUUUCUCGCCACGUCUCUUUGACCACUGCUCUCUGUAUCAUGUUAAAAAUGUAACUUAUAAGCCCACGGUACAAUAAACCCAUCACCUUUCUGAUGAGGAUGAUGUCAGCACUCUGAAACCACACUACCUGCAGAUAACUAGUGUUUGGAAAUGAGCUUCUAUUACUGACCGCCUAUUUGUUGUGAGCAUUUCUAUACAUGUGCCUCUGCUCCAGUCAAAGGAAUAAACAGGCUUACACCACUUUAAGGUAUUUAAACAUUUGCAAGAUUAUUUAUAAUAUUUCUUUAUCAGAUGAAUAGUAUUUUAGUUAUACGACGUAUAGCACUGGUUUACAAGAGUCGACUUUGUACGAGUUUUUGAAAACUUCCACCAGCAUUUUAUACAGUCCUAUGGGAUCAUGAAGAAACGGUUAUUCCAGUUAGCAUCAUGAAUGUCUGUUAGUUACUCUGUAGAAUAUUCAAUUAUAGGCACAACUGUUAUUAAAUUAAAUGUCCAGGACUUCAACAUUUUCCCACUGAUGAAACCAACUUUUUGUAUUUUGCAUUGUGACCAUGUUUGAAUUACUAAUGACUUAAAUAAAACACUGUUCAUAAUA